UCAAAACUUCACAAAUUGACCAAGAGUGUGAAGGUUGACGUAUCUACAAAAAAAGAAGACAUGGACAGCAGACUGGUGUUUUUGGUGGUGUUCGUGAUCUCCUCUGCGGUGCCGUACACCAAGGCAAAUGGGAACAUAACACCUUUAAAUUACACCUUCACCCGCAAUGACUGUGGCCAAAACAAAUUGUGUGUGGAAAACCCGGCUCUAUGUGACCCUUCAGGCACCUCCCAGUGCUUUUUCGCCUCUACGAGAAUCAACACCAUAGAUUCGCAUCUGGCCAUUGAGUUCAGCGGUAACUCCACCGGUUACAUCGCCCUUGCAGUGGGAGAUCAGUCCGAUCUGUCUCAGGGGCCUCAUGCUGUCUUUGUCUGUGGCAUUGACAAUGACACGGUCUUCUUAAAAACCGCAGGUUUCGAAAACAUUAACAAUACCCUGGAGGAAAGAAGCUUUACCAGUGUAAGCGACAUCCAGUACAGUCUGAAAAAUCAGAGUUUAAUUCAGUGUGCUUUCACCAUUCCCUUUAAUUUGACCUCUUAUAACACUAUAAACAUCUUGGGCUUCAACUUCAAAUUCAACAACACCAACAUUCCUGUAUUCCUUGAGGUCUUUCACGGUUCAUACAAUGGCGGUGUUUUUGGAGAGCCGAUGAGUGCUUUUGGCUCCUCUGUUUCUGUAAAUCUGGCUGAUGUUAAUACUUCUAGUGCCACAAAUUCAAUCUCCACCACCACCACACCCACCACCAACACCACCACCACACCCAACACCACCAACACCACCACCACACCCAACACCACCACAACUAUACUCUCCACCACACCCAACACCACCAAAACCACCACCACACCCAACACCACCAACACCACCACCACACCCAACACCACCAACACCACCACCACACCCAACACCACCGCCACUAUACCAACCACCACACCCACCACCACCCCCAAGGCUGCAACAACCAUAAAACCUACUUCAAAUGGCAACCCUUUACUCUUAAGUCAUGCUGCUCUUGGUCUGCUGGCUGCAGUCGCUUUGCGUUUUGUCUGAAGGACUUGAGGAAAAGAUGUUGUAGUUGUGCAAUAAGUAUCUGUGAUGUAGAAUGUAUAUUUGAUGUUUAUCCUCUGGUAGGAAGAGUAGAUUAUUCUUUCUGAAGUAUGUCAAACAGACGUUUCAUUUAACAAAUAAUUAAACAAAUGUAAUGAAUAUGAGAAUAGUGUUCAUGUGUGAUGUUAAAUACUGAAGAUGAACACUACUCAAAAUUAAACUCCUUGUUUUGGGAAA